AUGGCCAAUAACGAUAAUUUUGCACAAGACGUAACCGAAAAUCAACUUAAUGGAAAUGCAGAGAAUGGUGGUGGAGAUUCACAGCAAGAAAAUAAUAGUGCUGAAGCCCCCGGCCGUGAUGAUGACAGAAAACUCUUUGUUGGAGGCCUGAGCUGGGAGACCACAGACAAGGAAUUACGUGAUCACUUCAGUGCUUAUGGAGAAAUCGAGAGCAUCAAUGUCAAGACUGAUCCUAAUACGGGUCGAUCACGAGGGUUUGCCUUUAUCGUGUUUAAGGCUCCUGACUCCAUAGACAAAGUGAUGGCUGCUGGUGAACACACAAUUAAUAACAAGAAAGUAGAUCCCAAAAAGGCCAAAGCGCGACAAGGCAAGAUCUUCGUCGGCGGCCUGAGCAGUGAAAUUUCAGAUGAGGAAAUCAAGAAUUUCUUCAGCAACUUUGGAACGAUCAUGGAAGUUGAGAUGCCUUUCGACAAGACAAAGAACCAAAGGAAGGGAUUCUGUUUCAUCACAUUCGACUCCGAGCAAGUGGUCAAUGAACUGCUCAAGACACCCAAGCAGACUAUCUCCGGAAAGGAGGUGGACGUGAAGCGCGCGACGCCGAAGCCCGACGGCCCCGGCGGCAUGGGAGGGCGCGGCGGGCGCGGGGGACGCGGCCUGCGAGGGGGGCGCGGCCGCGGCGGCUACGGCGGCCAGGGCGCUUGGGGUAACGGUGGCUACGGCGGCUAUGGCUACGGCCAGGGUGGCUACGGCGGCGGAUACGACGGUUACGGCUAUAGCGGCUACGGAUACGACGGAUACGGUGGCUACGGCGGUUACGAUUACUCUGGAUACCCCAAUUACGACUACGGCGGGUACGGAGGGUACGAGGGCGGGUACGGCGCACGCGCGGCUCCGCGCGGCAAAGGUACUGCACUGCCUUGUCCUGUCUGUACUGUACUUUGUAGAGUAGGUUGCCACCGCGCUGGCGGCCGGGUACCAGGGGGGCAAGCAGCGCGGAGGCGGCGGCGGCGGCGGCCGCGCCAACCAGAGGCACCAGCCCUACUAAACACGCGAGUACCUGCCGAUAGUCAUCUCAGUCCAAUAGUGAGGUUAAGUCACCGGUCAUGA